UUCCUCGUCUCGCGUUCGGGGGAUCGAUACAAAUUCGAAAGGGGAAGAAGCCUCGAGGCGCACGCGACGAUUUUUCCAGAACCAAAUCUCCCCCCCAUUCUCCCACCCAUCCGCCAACCCCGUUCCCUCCUCGCCGGCACGAAGCGACGGCCGCCGGAGAUGUCGCCGGCGGCGGACAGCGCGGCGGGAUCGAAGCGGCAGGCGGAGCUGCUCAAGCAGGAGGGCAACACCUUCUUCAAGAAGGACCGCAUCAGCGCCGCCAUCGACGCCUACACCGGGGCUAUAGCUCUCUGCCAAAAUGUUGCAGUAUACCGGACCAACCGAGCACUGUGCUAUAAGAAGCGGAAUGAGUGGGCUAAGGUUGAGGAAGAUUGUAGAAUGGCUAUCCAUUAUGACAGCCACUCCGUUAAGGCACAUUACAUGCUUGGGCUUGCACUUCUCAACAGGCAAGAACUGGCUGGAGGAAUAAAAGCACUAGAAAAGUCUUUGGAGCUUGGAAGGGGUGCACAUCCUGCAAGCUAUAUGGUUGAAGAGAUAUGGCAAGAGCUUUCUAAAGCAAAAUACAUUGAAUGGGAAGGCCUAUCAAAAAUGCGAUUCUCUCAAUUGAAUAAACUGAACACAACAUGUAAAAAAGCUCUGAAGAGUUAUAACAGCCUUGAUAGUCCAACUGCAGACGUUUCUGAAGAGCAUAUAAAUGAGCUAGAUGAAGUUUUCAGGAAAGCUGCAAAGGCUGAUACUCCAACAGAAGUUCCUGACCAUCUGUGCUGCAAAAUUACACUUGAUAUCUUCAGGGAUCCAGUGAUCACUCCAAGCGGAAUUACUUAUGAGAGGGCUGUGAUUCUUGACCAUUUAAAUAGGGUGGGGAAAUUUGACCCUGUGACCCGUGAAGCACUGGAACCACACCAACUAAUAUCAAACCUCGCCGUCAAGGAGGCUGUAGAUGUAUUUUUGAAUGAACAUGGUUGGGCUUACAAGAUCAGGUGAUUGAUUUGUACAAUUGAAUUGGUAGGGUACACCUUGUUUGGAAGUAAGAUUGGCAGUACAUGGUUCUGUUGUUUUCUUGUUGACAUCAAGGAAGUUGUACAUACUGUGAGUGUUGUUAAAUUGGAUUGGAUCAUGCA